UUAGGACUCUACUGUAAUACUGUUAUUGAGUACUCCGUCUUGUCUUGUUUACAUUCAUUAUGCGAGCUAGUUAGGAUACUUAAUGUGAUGAAUAAGGUUCUAUAUUGAUUGAUUGGAAAAUCGGUGGUAAAAAAUACGUCGAAGUUUUGAGAUAGUUUAACAUCAGAAAUACUGGGAGUAGCCAUGAAAAAUAAAAUAGACUGAUGUUUACUGCUGUAGCGAAUGGGGCACUCACAUUUCAAAACAAAACAAAGAGAGUGUGAGUAUCUUUUCGGUCACUCCAGCAACUUUGACUCUGAUCAAACCCAACAAUUUCCACCUAAAGGAUGGAUGAAUACGUGAGAGCGUACCUGAAACUUUGGGAAUUGGAUGAAUUGAUACCAAGAUUUAAAGAUGAAGAAAUUAACGAAAAAGCGUUCAAAUGUUUAACGGAAGACAUCAUACGGGAGCUUAUUCCAAAGUUGGGCAAACGAGCUAUUUUUCAAAGGGCCUACCAAGAAUUCCGCGAUGGAUUAGCGAAUGAUACCCAGCAAAGUGACGGUGUUCUACCGGACGAGUCAGCUGACGAAAGUGUAACCGAGCCGCAGCUAGAAAACCAGGAAGACGAACAACAAUCAGAGAACCAUAUAAAACCAUCCGUUGACAUAAAAAUCGAAUUCACGAAUGAUAAUAUUCAUGUUGUCGAGGUUCUGGAACACAUUCCUACGCCUCAACAAGUAGCAGAAUCCUCAAAUGUAAGUGCUCCGAACAAAGGCCACACUCCGUUCACACUGGUCAGUAUUGCCCCUCUGGACGAGCUGUCGGAGCAAGAUUACAAAACAGCAACCGAUUUACGGGCUUUAUUGAGCUCGUGUCUUGAUGGUCGCUUACAUGCAAAAACAUUCCUCACGCGCUCCAAUCGGGCGGUACUAAGCAGAGAAAUUGUAAAGUUUUUGUUCAAUAAAAAUGGGGGCAUUUUGAGCAACGAAGUCCUGCACAGCUGGGCCCGUGCCGUGGAGGUGGUGUUCAGCACCGAAAUCACAGCACUUUAUUUUAGGCAGUCCGAAGAUGGUUCAACCUGUUCCGGUAUGUUGUUUGAUUCCUACCAGGAAAUGAAAAGUUUGCGGGAUGAACAACAAGUUAAUAGUUAAAAAUAAAGUCUUACGUGUUUGAAUAAAAAGUUUUAUUUCUUUAUUCAAGAUUAAUAACAAUUGUCAAUGAUAGCAAAGUCUGGCAAACAAAGAGGACAUGCUUCCUGAUCACGCUGCACCUUCGACUCCAAUUUUUUUUUUAUUUCCUUGUCCGAAAUUCCGAUAAUCGUGUUAAUUACAAUGAAAUAUAAAAAAAAUUGCUUCUAAAA